GACUCAAAUCCACCUCUCAUGUCUAUAAAGCAUACAAGACUGUAUUAUCUUCUGCACCAAAAAAAUAUGGAAAUUGAGAGCAACCAAGUUCCAGCACCAGCUGCCACUCACUUAAAGAAAUGGCUUCUCCUUGCAAACUCUCUCUCCUUAGCAGUAGGCUCCACUGCAGGUCCUCUGCUGCAGAGGCUCUACUUCUUGCAUGGAGGAAACCGUCGAUGGUUUUCCAGUUGGCUUGAGACCGGAGGCUGGCCGAUCAUGCUCAUUCUCUUGCUUAUUUCAUACUUUCGACGGCGCCGGAAUUCAGGCUGCAGAACUCCAGUUUUCUUCAUGACAUGCAGGCUGGCAGUUGCUUCUGCAGCUCUUGGAGUGAUAACUGGGUUCGACGAUUUCAUGUACUCCUUCGGGCUAGCAUACUUGCCUGUUUCAACCUCUUCUCUGCUCAUAUCUACACAGUUGGCUUUCACUGCCGUGUCCGCGUUCCUACUUGUGAGGCACAAAUUCACUCCCUUCUCCAUUAAUGCAGUGGUCUUGCUUAGCAUCGGUUCAGCAGUGUUGGGUCUCCAUUCUAGCAAAGACAGACCAAAGAAUGUUAAUAAUUUCAAGUACUACCUGGGCUUCGCUUUGACGCUUGGGGCGGCGAUGCUCUAUGGGAUGAUUCUGCCGCUGGUGGAGUUGAUGUAUAGGAAGGCCAAGCAGACGAUAACUUACACGCUUGUGAUGGAAAUUCAAAUGGUGAUGUCCUUUUCUGCUACUGCUUUUUGCACAGUCGGUAUGCUGGUGAACAACGAUUUCCAGGUUAUCACGAGAGAAGGAAGUGAAUUUGGGCUUGGUGAAGCCAAGUAUUACUUGCUGCUAGUAUUCACCGCGAUCGUGUGGCAGCUCUUCUUCAUUGGUGCAGUUGGUGUCGUCUUCUGUGCUUCCUCAUUGUUCAGCGGCAUUCUCAUCUCUCUCUUGCUUCCCGUCACAGAAAUACUAGCAGUGCUCUUCUUUCAUGAGAAGUUUGGCGGUGAAAAGGCCAUUUCACUCAUCUUAUCUCUAUGGGGCUUCGCCUCUUACUUCUAUGGGGAGUACGCUCUCAGCAAAAAGAAGCCAUUGACACCGACUAACCCAGGCGACGCCCAGCUUCAACCAUAGAGCCAAUGCCAGGUAUCCCUCCAUAAGUUGCCUCAUAACUGGUGGAAAUUUAGCUCUGUUUGUACGAUAGAACCACAUGUGAUCUGGGGCUUGGAUGCUGGUGACAGACAAUUUUAUAAAUCUUGAAGAAUUAAGAUAUGAAUUUCAAGUAAUUUAUUGUUA